AAGAAAGUGUGGAGAGAUGAAGCCGAUGUGUGGCGUCUACCCUACUGGGACUUUGCUCGCAAUGCAACCCGCUCUCCCGGGAUUUCUGGCAACAGCGGCGAUUCGGAUGACGACAGGCUCCGACUGCCCAUCCUGUGCAUGAUGCCGACUAUCAGAACGAUAGCGUACAAGAACGGUGAUAUUGAUUACGAGACUGGGCCCAAUCCCGUGUACAAAUUCGAGACUCCACGGCUCAUGGGCGACUUGCCGGAACCAUACAAGAUCAUCGAGGAAUACGUGGCGGCCUCCAAAGGUUAUCCAGAAUUUGCCUAUCCUUGGCACAAGUGCACUGCGACCACCAAAUACGGAAUUCUGGACGGAUACCACGAGUCGGUCUGGUCCGACGGAGGCCAGAACUGGCUCCGGGCUAACUAUGCCCUCAAUGAGCAUUCUUGGUAUGACAAUGACUGGAUUGAUCAUCAGCGUCCUGUGCCUACGCUGCAGGACAUGGUCUACCGGUUGUUCCAGUACGGUCUGGACAACUGGGGAGCGUUUGCGACCACUCGGUACGAAAAGGAUAAGAAACCCCGCACAGAAAAUCCGAAGAACGCCAUGUCAUUGGAAUUCAUCCAUAACAAUGUCCAUAACUGGGUGGGAGGAACACAAUUCCUUCGUCCCGAUGAAAACAACAUCCACCUCUGGGGCGCGGGCCAUAUGAGCAGUGUCUUUAUGGCGGCAUUUGAUCCCAUCUUCUUCUUCUAUCACUAUAACAUCGACCGCUUGACUGCCAUCUGGCAGGUUUUGAAUCCUGACCUGUGGUUCGAUGACGAAUACAGUCAACCCACUAGGGAAAGCGAACUGGCCCCAUUCCACAUAGACGACCAGCAUAAGCUCUACGAGUCAGACGAUGAUAUCCUCAAAGACAUUGCAGAACUCUACGGAGCACCGACAAAGGAACUGUACGGUCGUCUGCCCGAACCGGGUGGUUCACAGGAGGAUUAUGUUAUCACUGUUAUUUAUGACAAAUUCGCCUUGAACAGCUCAUCCUACAAGGUGAAUAUCUUCCUAGGCGACCCGUCCAAGAAAUCGUACACUGGACACAAGUCGGAGAACUUUGUCGCAAGUGUUUAUAACUUCAGCGGUUCUCUUGCCUCGAGUGGCUGUAAUAACUGUCAUCAGCAGAAGGCAGAUGGUGUCAUGUGUAUUGCACAAGUUCCGGCUACCGUGCCAGUUCGCCAUUAUGUUGAUAAGAACAAGGUAGUACCGGAACCGGUGUACGUGGCAUUGAACAGCUUGGGCAAGCCGGUUCAAAUGGAAGUGACGAUUCAGCUUGACAGAUCUGACAGGUCAUACUUUAAGCACCUGAUUGCGCCUGUUGCGGGUGAUCCUUUGGAAUAUCAACCUGUCAAGGAAGGGAGACAGGCAGAAGGAAUCUUUGAAUAG